AUGGACAGCAUCAAAUCCAAGCCAGCUCCAGAGCUGGAACUCCCAUCGUCUACAAAAACAGUCCGCGUCAGGGCUAUCGACACGACGACACGUAUGGCCUGUGAUGCCUACGCAUUUGUGCAGCCACAGAUCCAAGGCCAUGAGAAGCUCAACUUCAAGACGAUGUGUUUCUUGAUCGAGCACGAGGGUGAGCAUAUUCUCUUCGACUGCGGUUCUCGAAAAGACUUCUGGAAUGGCUCGCCGCACACGCAGAGCAUGAUUGGUGGCCACGUGCCGGCCGUGGAGAUUGAGUACGGUGUAGAUGAGAUCCUCACUAUGCAAGGAUUCGGCCUUCAGGACCUGAAGGCCAUCGUCUGGAGCCACUGGCACUGGGACCAUAUCGGUGACGGAUCCAAGUUCCCGGCUGGGACUGACAUUGUUGUUGGACCUGGAUUCACCAAGAAUUUCGUCCCCGGUUGGCCAGAGAAUCCCAAGAGUCCAGUACUCACAAGCGACUUACAAGGCCACCGUAUUCACGAACCAGAGUUUUCACUGACUGUCGCGGGCUUCCCGGCCGUUGACUACUUUGGUGAUGGUUCAUUCUACCUCCUUGAUGUCCCUGGCCACGCAAUUGGACAUAUUUGCGGACUGGCACGUACGACCCCAGAAACGUUUGUGUUUAUGGGAGGUGACUGCUGUCACUACGCUGGCAUGUUCCGUCCAACCGAGUACCUACCACUACCACGAGACAUUUCUACCCCUGCACUGGACUCAUAUUAUCCAUCUCCGUGUCCCUGCUCUGCCUUUACGCAGCAUCACCCAAAGGCCACGGGGACAGAAGCGCGCACCAACCCGUUUUAUGACGUGUCUCGCGCUGCAGGAAGUGCCUACAGCUUUGGCGAUGAGGCGCAAAAGAGCCUUAACAAACUCCAGCUUUUGGAUGCACACAGUGGCAUUUUUGUCUGCCUGGCUCAUGACGACGUUCUUUUCGACGUCCUCCCUCUCUUUAACGAUGACACGACCAAAGACAUCAACGAUUGGCAGAAGAGAGGACUCAAGGAGUACUGUCGGUGGGCUUUUCUCAAUGAGCUCCCCAAGGGCAAGAAGCCCGGCCGUGAGCCUUUGGUUGUUGGUCUGUGGCGGCAGGGCAAGCAGGUCACAUGGGACAAGGACAAAGGUUUUGUAGAUGUCGAUGUGUAA